AUGUGCAAGCCAUCCAAAAAGACUGAGAACAAUCGAGCUAUGGUCGAUGAUAGUAAGGACCUUUGGGUUUUCGACGGUGGCACCGGUCGUGAGAUUGAACGACGAGGAGGCCCUUUUCGACAACCCGAGUGGUCAGCAUUGGCCUUGUACGAAGACCCAACCUUAGUUCGAGAUAUUCAUCAAUCCUUCAUCAAGGCAGGUGCUACCGCCAUUACCACCAAUACCUACGCUGUCGUACCUUUCCACUUGGGCCAAGAACGCUACAACAAAGAUAGAGAAUGGCUAUUGCAAUCGGCUGUCGAGAUGGCACUGCAGGCCAAAGGUGGUCGCAACAAUAUUCAAGUGCUGGGAUCGAUUCCUCCUAUUAGUGGGUCUUAUCAACCAGGUAGUUUCGACGAGUCCAUUGCUGGCCCCAUCAUUAGAGACUUUUUGAACGCAUUUCGGGGCAAAGUCGAUGCUAUUAUUCUGGAAACCAUGGGGUCGGCACAAGAAGCCAAAUUCGCCCUGGAACAAAUCUACCAAAGCAACAUUCAGCUGCCGGUCUAUUUGAGCUUUUACGUCCGAAACGAUGCGCGGCUGUUGACGGGGGACACGCUGAAGGAAGCAAUCGACUACCUCCGACAAUUCGACCUGCUACAGCCUGACCGAGUGCCUCUUGUCAUGAUCAACUGCUGCGAUAUCAAUGUCAUCGAAGAUAGCCUUUGUGAGCUUGCGAUGGCCUUGGACACUUGUCAAUUUCGAAUUGGUGCGUACCCCAACGCGUUUUCCGCUCCUCCAUCCGCUGCCGCCAACGUCAAAGCCAGGGAGGUGGAUGGUAACGUAUCUCCCGAAGUGUUGCAGUCCCUGGCUUGCAAAUGGAUCGGUGCAUAUGGAGCGAGCGUCAUUGGUGGUUGCUGUGGCAUUGGGCCGGAUCACAUCACGGCGGUGGCCCAACUAAAGAAAGAAGGAUUAGUUUUGCCAGCAACAGAGCCCCGCAUUGAGCCUCGUCCGGGCGAUGUUCUGGCAACAGAGCCCCACAUCGAGCCUCGUCUGGACGACGGGAUAGCAGUAGAAUCUGGAGGAAGGAGUGACGACGAAAACAUAGAGCCAAACACAACCCGGGUGGCUUGCAACGUUCGAGGCUGUGGUUGUGGUGUACAGAUUGGUUUUGGCCAACAACUUCUCCUAUGUCAACAUCUUGAUGAGGCCGACCGAUGA